UACGCCCGUUUGCACUGGAACUGCCAGAGCAAGCCUCACUUUCACUGCUUUGCAUGCAUAGAAAUUUGUGAAUUUUUUUUUUUGCCAAGUCCUUUCCUCAGUGUGCUGUUUCAUUGCUGGGGGAUAGAUACAUUUCACUUCAUUUUCUCCCCGUUCCGUCCCAUGAUUUAUUGAGUGCUUGUAUGGAGCACAUGAGCUCCAUUUGAUAAAGUACCCUUGAUUUUCAACCUCUACGAAAAAAGAGCACUUUUCUGCAAUUUUCUACAUUGUACUAUUUUCUUUUCUUGUCUAUAUUCGUCUCCAAGAGUGUUUGAUUUUGCACCUUGUUCGUUCUGCAUUGUGAAGAACUGGACUGUGUCCCUCUUCUCCGAACGGCAGGGGCUGCGAGAUCUGUUUUCAUUACUUUUGGCUUAGCUGCAUAAUCAUUUUGUCAGUGCUCAAAGUAUGACUGACUAAACACGUCCCCGUUGAAUAACAGCCCCUGCGUUCUCCAGUUAUGGACGCAGACGAGGACAUCGUCAUGACGGGGACUGGCCCAACGGUCCCUGUCGGGGCUGGUCAGCCGUCAAGCGCCUCUCCGAAAAAGCUAGGUACGGAACUACAAUUGAACGGAGCUUUUCAGGCCGAGUCGCUAUUAGCAUCGUUUCAAAGAAAAGUCGUGGCGCCCGGGAAUCUAAUUAAAGAAGUGGAAGAUCACCAAGCUAGCUCCGUCCCGACCGUGAAGUCGGAAGAGAAUAAGGAAGAGCCCGAGCAAAAGGAAGAAGAGGAGAUCUCUGCAGACGAGGACGAGUCUGUAUCGUCGGAUCAGAGCGAUGAGGUCCCGAAACUACUUCCCGUUUCGUCGUUGCCGUCUGGCGUGUGCUAUGACAUUCGGAUGCGCUAUCAUUGUGAGGUGAAGCCGACUCUAGAUGUUCACCCAGAGGACCCAAGGCGUAUCUACUACAUUUACAAGGAGCUUUGCAAAGCUGGACUUGUCGAUGAUCCAGAUGCUUCAAGGCCGCUUGUAUCUCAGCCAUUGCUUCGUAUUCCUGCGAGAGAUGCCACGCACGAGGAGAUAUCGUUGAUUCACGAUUCUGAGCACUAUGACUUUGUUCUCAGCACGAAAGACAUGUCCGAAGAUGAGUUGAUUGCAUUGGAGAGUACUCGAGACUCGAUAUAUUUCAAUACUCUCACGUUUACUUCGGCGAUUCUAGCCUGCGGCGGUGCCAUUGAAACUUGCAAGGCAGUGGUCUCAGGAAAGGUGAAGAACGCGAUUGCAGUGAUUCGUCCUCCUGGACAUCACGCAGAGCAGUGCCAGGCAAUGGGCUUUUGCCUGUUUAAUAACGUCAGCGUUGCGGCAAGAGUUUGCCAGAAAACUUUCAAGGAUAAGUGCCGGAAAAUAAUGAUUGUGGAUUGGGAUGUGCACCAUGGCAAUGGAGUCCAAAAUGCGUUUUAUGACGACCCAAAUGUGUUGUAUAUCUCUCUCCAUGUCUAUAAAGAUGGUGCUUUCUACCCAGGCGGCGAGCAGGGGAAUUGGGACCACUGUGGUGAAGGCAAUGGGCUAGGAAAGAAUGUCAAUAUCCCAUGGCCAACCCAAGGCAUGGGUGACGGUGACUAUCUCUAUGCUUUCCAGGAAGUUAUCAUGCCAAUUGGCUACGAGUUUAAUCCGGAUCUUGUUAUCAUCUCGGCCGGGUUCGAUGCUGCUGCAGGUGAUGAGCUCGGAGGCUGCUUCGUCACUCCGCCGUGCUAUGCUCACAUGACUUCUAUGCUGAUGAAUCUUGCGAAUGGCAAAGUAGCUGUUUGCUUGGAGGGUGGAUACAACUUCCGCUCGAUUUCGAAAUCCGCGCUCGCGGUGACUAGAACGCUGAUGGGAGAGCCACCGGACAGACUCAUUGGUGUUGGUGCGUCACAGGCGGGAGUCUCGACAGUUCGUAAGGUAACCAUGAUUCAGUCUAAGUACUGGCAAUGCAUGUAUCCUAAAGGGCCUCCGGAGAGAUUCUGGGGUAAUCGAGUUCACGAUAUCAUUCGACAAUACCAAGCGAAACAGCUUUACGAUGAGUACAAGCUAACUAGCCUGUUCAUCUAUCGAAAUUCUAUUUCCAAAUCUUUUGAGAAUCAAGUUCUUGCAAGUCGGAAUUAUGAUUGGCAAGUCCCGCUACUUGUCAUCUUCCAUGACCCUCCAGAGCUCAUGGGAAUCCCCCAUCCUCUGACCAAUAAGUUGGAGGCACACAACUGCUGGAUGGCUGAUGGCGUCAAGGACUAUAUUGAAUGGGCAAUGAACAGGAAUAUAGCCGUUAUCGACGUCAAUAUCCCAAAGCACAUCACCAGGAGCAAUACCGCCGAUAGGUACGAGGAUGAGGACCGGAGCAAGGAGAAGAUGGCAAGCGAGCUUGCAGUUUAUCUCUGGGAAAAUUACAUCGAGCCAAACGAAGCUAGCCACGUUUUCUUUCUGGGAGUUGGCGAUGCGUUUGGGGGUCUCGCAGACUUGCUCAUCGAAAAAGAGCGCGUGUACCCCCGCGUCAGCGGCGUCAUCUCCUUUGUUGCCGAGAACGUAGUCCGGGCAGUGUCAAGCCACACAAACAUCUGGCUUUCUAAGUGGUAUAAAGAUAACUCUUUAAUAUAUGUUUCGCACCAUCACGGCGUCUUCAACAUUCCCGAAGGCUCCAAGAGACCUUCAAAGCGCUACGGGCGCAUUCUUAGAUCCCCGAAGAAGACCCUCAACGAGAUGCUCCUUGCCCACAUGGAUGACGUGACGAAGUGGAUAGAAGAGAGGAUCCAAGAGGAGACCGAAGAAGAGUGAUGGAAAGAGUGCAUUCGGAUUUCCGUUUUCCACGCCAGUUGAAGGACGCGUUUUGCUUUUU